AUGUUUUUAUUUCUCACUUCUUCAGUGCAGCAGAGUGGAGUCAGGCACUGUUACACAGCCUCAAGACCCAACCUCUACAUCAACAAGGACACAAAGGUCAUCUGCCAAGGAUUCACAGGGAAGCAGGGAACGUUUCACAGUCAGCAGGCUCUCGACUAUGGCUCGCAGGUGGUUGGAGGUGUUUCCCCGGGAAAGGGGGGGAAGACACACCUGGGGAUGCCCGUCUUCAAUUCAGUCAAGGAGGCAAAGGAGGGCACAGGGGCAGACGCCACCGUGAUUUAUGUCCCCCCCCCGUUCGCGGGAGCAGCCAUUAUCGAGGCCAUCGAUGCCGAGAUCCCCUUGGUGGUGUGCAUCACCGAGGGCAUCCCCCAGCAGGACAUGGUGAGAGUUAAACAUAGGCUCCUGCGCCAGGGCAUCACCCGCCUCAUAGGCCCCAACUGCCCAGGAGUCAUCAAUCCUGGUGAGUGCAAGAUCGGGAUCAUGCCAGGCCACAUUCACAAGAAGGGAAGAAUUGGUAUUGUGUCUAGAUCGGGUACUCUUACAUACGAAGCUGUGCAUCAAACGACACAAGUGGGCCUGGGCCAGUCACUCUGCAUUGGUAUUGGCGGGGAUCCAUUCAACGGUACGGACUUCAUUGAUUGUUUGGAGGUGUUCCUGAAUGACCCCAAGACAGAGGGCAUCAUCCUUAUUGGGGAGAUUGGAGGCAAUGCUGAGGAGAAUGCAGCGGAGUACCUCAAACAGCACAAUACUGGUGCUAAUGCAAAGCCUGUGGUGUCCUUCAUCGCCGGGCUAACGGCCCCCCCCGGCCGCAGGAUGGGCCACGCUGGCGCCAUCAUUGCUGGUGGGAAGGGGGGAGCCAAAGAGAAGAUUGAAGCCCUCCAGUCAGCUGGAGUGGUGGUCAGCAUGUCCCCUGCUCAGCUGGGCAGCACCAUUUUCAAGGAGUUUGAGAAGAGGAAGAUGUUGUAAAUUGUGCGAGAAGGCACCUGACCUCUUAGACCCCCCCCCCAACCCUGACAUCGAGACGAACAGCCUGAGUCUGGAGGUGGAUAUGCCCGACAGCAUCUGUUAACCGCCAUUCUUUCAGCCAAGAUGCGCACUUGCAGUGUUUAUAUUGUAAUUUCUGCCAUGAACUUGUACCUUGCACAUACACAAUAAAAUAAAAACAGUGUCCUAAUGCUAUCCUAGAGAAGUUGUUGUAUACAAAGCUUUAUAGAUGUGUUUGUUCCUCCUCCACAUUAUACCUUAGUGAUCUGUUUUGUCCUGUACACACAUGCUAUGACAUGCUCAUCACUCAUUUAACUGGCUGUCCACCUGAAUAAGAAAUAUGUCUAUCAUUUC